CGAGCGAUCAUUUAAAAUGCGUCUUUGUGUAGUGAUCCGGUAGCGUGUAAUUCUUGAUUCUUGAGAAAGCCAUAUGAUGUCCGCACCAAAACAGCAACAGAAUGCCCACGGCGAGCCUAAAGAAAGAAAAAAGAAGGAGAGUAUACUCGAUCUCUCGAAGUAUUUGGAAAAGAACAUUAGGGUAAAAUUCGCAGGGGGCAGAGAAGCUGCUGGAAUAUUGAAAGGAUAUGAUCCUCUUCUUAACCUAGUGCUGGAUAACACUACAGAAUACCUCAGGGACCCAGAUGAUCCUUACAAGUUGAAUCAAGAUACUCGUAUGUUAGGCUUGGUUGUGUGCAGAGGUACCUCUGUAGUACUUAUCUGUCCAGUGGAUGGGAUGGAAUCUAUUCAGAAUCCUUUCAUACAACAGGAAAGUUAAACAAAUCGGCGUUUACAUCGGUGAAGAUCUUCAGGACUCAAGCAAAACCAUUUGCAAACUAUCUGCAUCGUACGUCGCAACGAACGGAGAACCUUUUUUAUAACGAAAAUGGGCAUAAUUUAUUUUGCAUGUAAACUAUAUAAACUUGUAUAGUAAAUAGACAUGAUUUUCUUAUCAAAUAUACGCGAGUCUCUCGGAAAUAAAUAAUUC